CGUGUGCAGCCAGCCGAAGACUCCUUCCUCUUGAUCGAUGCCCUUGAGCAGGAUGCUGACAGACUGAAGAAAAUUAGCCCCUCUGUGUGUCUAGAGGUGGGCAGUGGCUCUGGAGUGGUGUCCGCCUUCCUGGCAUCCGUGAUCGGACCUGCAGCUCUAUACCUCUGUACCGACGUGAACCCCGAAGCAGCCCAGUGCACUCUGGAGACGUCUCGCUAUAACGGCGUUAGUCUGCAGCCCAUCAUCACGGACUUGGUGGACUCUCUCUUGCCAAGGUUGUGUGGAAAAGUGGACGUUCUUUUAUUCAACCCUCCUUAUGUCGUCACACCAUCAGAAGAGGUGGGUAGCCAGGGCAUCGAGGCAGCCUGGGCUGGUGGGAGGUGGGGCCGAGAGGUGAUGGACAGGUUCUUCCCCCUGCUUCCAAAGCUACUGUCUAAUCAGGGGUUGUUUUACCUGGUCACUGUGGCAGAGAACAACCCAGAGGAGAUCACCACUCUGCUGAGGAAGUCUGUCCUGCAGGGGGGUGUCCUGUCUGUCCAGACGAACUGGGCCAGAGAGCCUCUCUGUGCUGCGCUUUCACAGAACAAUGUGACCCUCCCUGUCCCUCGACCACAGCUGAACCACAGAAGAGACCAUGAACCUGCUGCUCCGACCACACCAGGACCACAGCGGGGUUUCAGCUUCAUCUCAACAACCAGGAGUGGUAAACUGAUCCCUCCCAAGGACAGGACCGUAAAUUGAGUGAAAACCAUUGUGGGUUCAUAGCAGCAUUGGUCAAAUAAGUGACCAUGUCUCAAGACCUUUACCCAAUGCAUUAUACAGUACAAAGGCUCACAGGUUGUCCAUGCUAAGGAGUGUUCAAGUUUCCCUUGAACCUGUUUUGUAUUGGGGAGAGGAUCCAGUCUGUGUCAAUAUUACAGUUUUUGCCUAUUGCUUACACACUUUUUGCAGAAUUUGGCUCAUUAUGUCAAAACUCAACACACAAGCCAAUCAGACAUAGCACUUGGAGAUUA